AUGUUUAGCAAACUCUAUCUUAUCUGGCGAUAUUCCCUGGCGGCACGGUUCUUCUUCCACCUUGUAGGCCUCAUCGAAUGUUUGUCGGAGAUGUUCCCCGGCGCCCCCAGUGCCAUCUACCUGUGGGCAACUCUUCAAAACCUUAUUUGGUUGAAGGAGCUUGGGGUUCUAAUCUCCGAGACAAUCCAGGAAGCCUAUGCAAAGUCAGACCCUUCACUCACUCUGCUACAUGAGCUGGUCCUCCGGUCUGUCAACACUCUGCUAUCUACUAUCCGAUUCGAUUUCGACACUCAGGCAUCGCCUAUGGAGCCCCCGCUCACUGCUGCACAAGCUUCGCUCAUCCUGCUCUACCAGAAACCCGGUCAUCAUCGUCGGAGCCCUCACACUCUCUUCUGUAUUCACUAG